AGUUCUGUCGGUCGACUUGCGUAAUGCAAGCGCUGAAUAAUGGUUAAGGCACUCUCGUAACGUUCCAUUCAUUCAUCGACAAAUGCUUUGCUUAAACGACAACUGUGUGUUCGCUUUGCCGCGUGGAAAUUCGCUCACGUUUACGGUCUCAUAACGUCGAGGAAACAUUCCCGCCUCGCUCGCGUAGUACUUUAAAUUGUGAAGAACACCAGCGCGGAUUGCGCAAGUCGGAGCCAGCAUCGACGGCUGACUCACAGAUCUCAGCGCCCUCAUCCAAAAUUGUCUAUUAAGGAAAGCAAGAUGGCGGAGGGCGGUUCGGAAGGUGUCCUAUGUAGAUAUUUCUUAAGUGGCGUGUGCAGAGACGGGCGUCGGUGCUUAUUUUCGCACGAUCGGUCGACGGGCCAGGUGGACAACGUGUGCCGUUAUUACCUCAAGGGCGAAUGCAUCUAUGGCACGCGGUGCAGGUACGACCACAUCCGGACCAAACCCCGGGCCGACAGCACCACACGGUCGGGGAGGGGGAGCCGAGGAACAAACCAGGGUAACCGGUCACAAAUAAGUCCACCCGAGGCAGCCACACCGGCUUGCUCAUCAUCCGUCAGCCGCGGACCACACACAGGGCCGUUGACGGUUCUUAAAAAGAACAACAAUGAGUCUUCCUGGAGCGGCGAUCCAACUUGCAAGACGGUGCACUCUUCUAGUUGGGCCGACGCGCCAGAGUUUGUCCCCAAAAGUGGAUUGCCAGCCAGAGCAUCAAAGUCGUACGCGUCCAUCGUACGACCCGAGGGCAGCGCUGAGAAGGCCCCGCCGAGCAAGGAGGCGUCUCUGCCGCUCUGCCCGUACGAGGUGGCCAGCGACGGCUGCCCGGUCGGCGCCAACUGCACCUACUUGCAUGGCGAGCUGUGCGACCUCUGCCAGAAGCCCUGCCUGCACCCCUACAACGAGGAACAGCGAUCGCAGCACAGAGAGGAGUGCGUCCAGCGGCACGAGCAGGACAUGGAGCUGUCGUUUGCGAUCCAGCGCAGCGCGGACAAGUGCUGCGGCAUCUGCAUGGACGUGGUGAUGGACAAGGAGCCCGCCUCGGAGCGCCGCUUUGGCAUCCUCGAGAAGUGCAGUCACAUUUUCUGCCUCAACUGCAUCCGGAAGUGGCGUGGCUCCAAGCAGUUUGACAGCAAGACCGUCCGGGCAUGUCCAGAAUGUCGAGUUCCGUCGGACUUUGUGACACCAAGCAGCUUUUGGGUGGACAUGGGGGAUGAGAAGGACAAAUUAAUAGCAGACUACAAAUCCGCUAUGAGUGCGAAGCCAUGUCGGUACUUCCAGGAGGGCCGGGGGGAAUGUCCGUUUGCGGGCGCCUGCUUCUACAAGCACAUGUACCCAGACGGAAGAAAAGCCGUCAUGCCACCUCCACGGCCGCGGCGCAGGCAAAACCACAACGGUGACCUCGAGAUCAUGGAGCGCCUCUACCUGUGGGACUUCCUUGACGUCGCCGACAGUCACAUGUUCGCGCCUUUCAACUUGGAAGAUGUGUUCGAGAUCCUCUCGGAGACCGAAGAUUCAGACUCUGACUGGAGUGACAUUGACAUCCUCUUGAACUGAAGACUUGUCCCACCCACCACCGGCUGUCGAUGCGGCAGCUCUGCGCCCUAUGCCCUGACCGGUCCCUCUAAAAAAAAAAAAAGAAAGAAGAGAAAAGGGGGAACGCACAAAAAUGCACUUCUUUACGGUCCUCAACAUCGCCCACUUUAUUAGUCCUUCCAGAACCGCCACAAAUCGGGCGACACUUUUUUUUUUUAGGGGCGACCGCCAAAAUCGUGCACACGCGUGCCUGCAUCGCCCGAAAACUAUGCUGUGAUUUGUUUUUGUUCUAUUGCUUUGUCGCCUCUCCAAUGGGUGCUAGGCAAAUUUAGACAAAAGAGAUAUAUUAUUACUACUACUACUACUCCACUCGCCGUGCUCAAGAGCCCGCGGCAGUCCCCUUCCCCAUUUUGUUUCUUUGCACAGAAAGAAAACGAAAAAAAAAAAAGAAAUAAGAAAGUUUGGGGGUAUUUUUUUCGUUUUUGCAUUUUCUUGUUGAGAAUUGUUUCAAGAUAGCUCUUCUUCUAUGACAUACUUGCGAAGAAAUCUUGACUUCAUCGAGCUGUUAGCUUCAUUUUUUUUCUUACUCACUCAUUGCAGGGCCUGCUUGUUUUUUUCUUCACAUUAUAUCAAUCAUGACUAGCGAAGAGAUGUCCAGUUAUUGCUCCCCCCCCUCCCCAUGUUUCUUGCACCAAAGGCUGAGAAUUAAAAAGAAAAUAAAAGAAAGCAGCAGCUUACUAGAGUAAGAUAAACUAGAUUUUUUGAGAGAUUUACGACACACCCGAGAUGACAGAUAAGUCAGAUGCACAAUAAACAUUUAACUACGCCUUGUUCCUACGGCUCCCUUCGUGUUUUGUGUGUGUGCGUGCGUGCAGCCCAGCCCAGUAUUCCACUGCAUGCCUCUCUAACGAAGUGAGGCCGUAAUAGUAAUCUUCGUUUUGUGAUCACUGUUAUCCUGAGGUGUGGCAUACUUUCAGACCACUCCCCCCCCCCCCCCCUCCCCCACCACUACUCCUGGUCCCUUUAUCCAUCUUGAAGUACAAUGCAUAGUGUGCCUAUCUUUACGAGAGAAAGAGAAGUUGUUGCAGUGUUUUACGGUGAUGCUCGCUUAUUUAUUGCCAUGUUCUCGGGAGUUCGUUCUUGCGACGGCUGCGGCUGCGUCCCGAAGAGACAGCAGCCAAGCCUAGGCUUGUGUACAGGUUAUAGAGCGCUCAAUGAAGGAGAGCUUACAGGAGGAAUGCGUAGUUUUAUUGAAGGGGAUAGUCUUUGGGACUAGGACAGAUAUGUUUUGAGGAAGGAAGCAAUGGUAUGGCAUGCCACUGCACGCAACCUUUUUUUCCCAGUCAUUCUGAGUGGUGUGCGCGGCUGGUUUAGAGCUUGCAAAUGAUUUGUGCGAACUGGCAUGGAAUAAAGCUAGUGUCUCUACAGCA